UAAAUACGUCAUCCAUCUCUCUCUCUCUCUCUACAAAAUCAUAAACACAAACUACUCAAGUUUUUUAGGCCAUACUCCAUCAUUUGAAUCCAUGGACUGGUUCUCAUGGUUGUCGAAAACCGGCCUAGAGCCGUCGCUUGUGUACGAGUACGGCCUUGCUUUUGCACACAAUGAGCUAGAAGAAGAGGACAUUUUCUACUUCAACCAUGAGUUUCUUCAAAGCAUGGGAAUUUCCAUAGCCAAACACAGGCUAGAAAUCCUCAAGAUUGCUAGAAAAGCAAAGGGUAUGAACACUCCGCGUCCAAUGCGAAAGCUUUUGGUGGCAAUCAAGAGGACUAAGAGGUGUUUGGCCGAGUACAUAGGGAAGUGGGUUCGCCGCGAUCAGGACUCAAUGGCGCUGGCGCUCGUGACAAGGCCAAGCAAUCACAGGACAAGGUUUAGAGGAGCCAUGCUUAAGAGGAACAAGAAGCUGAUCACGGCCAAGCAAGGCAGCCGGUUGCUGCUCACGAAUGGGAGUCCUCUGGUGGUUUCUGCCGGGCCUCAUCACGUCGAUAGCGUUUUGAGUCCGGUGGUGUAUGAUCUACGAAAGGAAGAAAAGAUGAUGGACGGUGAUGAAGCAAACGACGAUGGUUAUUGGUGUACUGGAGUUAAAGAAAUGAGGUGGGAUACCAUGUUCCAGGACUUGAAACCUACUUGAAAUCUUAUCCUUCUUUUUUCAAAAUUUUCUUCUAAUCUGGUUUUACUUUUACUCUAUCAGUUCUUAUUCCUUAUGGUAAGUUUGUCUGUGAUUAUAUUAAAUUAAUGGUGAGAGAUGGGAUUUUUUGGGUUCUUUCCACCAAGAGAGUUUUUGGUUUUGUGCAUCACAAGACUAAUUUACUUAGCUUUUUCAGUGUAGGUGGGUCUAGUUAGGUAAUGAAAUUGUCUCCCCUAUUUUUUGUAUGUCACUUGUCUCUAUCUUUGAAUAUAAUUGAAAGCAUCUAAUGUCUUUGUGUGAAAGGUAUGCUUUUGUCAGGUGUGCAAAUCUAUAGUAACAAGAGUAUCAUUUUGCAUCA